CUAUGUUGUUAGUUUUUCUUUAUGAGAGUAGACCCCCCAUUUUCACUGAAUCUCUCCCAUCUUCAUCAUAAGGUGCAUGUGCCCUCAAAAAGAGGAGAAACAGAAAGGGCAUCUUUGUGUGUUAGAAAUGGAAGGAAUUAGUGUCUUGAAGAAAAGUUCUAAAGGAAAGAAAGAAGAUCUCUAUCAUGUUAUUCAUAAGGUUCCUUAUGGUGAUACUCCUUAUGUCAAAGCCAAACAUGCUCAGUUGGUGGAUAAAGAUCCAGAAGUAGCUAUAGUGUACUUUUGGAAGGCAAUCAAUGCUGGAGACAAAGUGGAUAGUGCCCUUAAGGAUAUGGCUGUUGUGAUGAAGCAAUUAGAUAGAGCUGAAGAAGCUAUUGAAGCUAUCAAAUCUUUUAGAGGUCUUUGCAACAAACAUUCUCAAGAGUCACUUGAUAAUGUACUUCUUGAUCUUUACAAGAAAUGUGGAAGAGUAGAGGAGCAAAUUGAAUUAUUGAAAAGAAAGCUAAGACUUAUCUACCAAGGUGAGGCCUUUAAUGGAAGGACGACAAAGACUGCUCGCUCUCAUGGCAAGAAGUUCCAAGUUUCUAUCAAGCAAGAAACAGCAAGACUAUUGGGAAACUUAGGUUGGGCCUACAUGCAAAAGACAAACUACAUGAUGGCUGAGGUGGUUUUCAAGAAAGCACAAAUGAUAGAUGCUGAUGCCAAUAAGGCUUUGAAUUUAGCCUUAUGCUUAAUGAGACAAUCUCGUUAUGAAGAAGCCUAUUUAAUCCUUGAACAAGUUUUGCAAGGAAAACUUCCAGGGUCUGAUGAAAUCAAGUCAAGAAAUAGAGCUGAAGAAUUGCUUGUAGAAUUGAGUGCAAACUUGCCACAGCCUAAGUUUAUGGAUGAUUUAGGGCUUGAUGAUGACCUUUUGAAAGGAAUUGAUGGAUUACUUAAUGUUUGGAGUCCAACUAGAUCAAGAAGACUUCCCAUCUUUGAGGAAAUAUCUUCUUUUAGAGAUCAAUUGGCAUGUUAAUAUUUGUAUUCAUGUUCUUAUGUUGUAUAUAUUGUCUUAGGUCUAGGUUUGGACAAAAAGUCCAUUCUCUUCUCCGAUUUCGUAUUCUUCCUUUGCCCUUUUUCUCCUUAAAAUGGUGAGGAAAAAUAUAGAAUAAGGUUUGCUUGUAUUUGGUAAAUUAAUGAUGAAUAAUCACAGUCCUGUCAACUUCCAAAUGUUUCUUCA